GCGCUCAGUAUCAUCUCUCGCACUCGCGCUGCGCCUUUUUAUGGCUAGCAUCUUUGCCUCUUUUCAUCUUUUCCCCUUUGCCCUCCUUUUUUCCUUUUGAUGACACAUCAAACAUCACUAAUAAAGCAACCCUUCUCGCCUUUGUUUGUUCGCUUGCUUGCUUUGCACCCGCAGUUCGUCGUCGGUCUCCUCCUCGCCGAAUUCCGCAGUCAGAGCUCCUCUGCGGCCUGCCGCAUUGCUCCUGGUCUUGCAGCUGUGUUGCUCUCUCCUUUGGCUUUGCUGUAUCUGUUCUGCUCUCAGGGCCUCUUGCUCUGUCCAGAUUGGUGUAAAGAUUUUCAGAGGGCUUCAGCCUCGGAUCUUCUAGCGCUCACAAGCAUUUCUUGAUCUCUACUAUUCUGAGCCAAUAAAAGUUUCCAUCUUUCUCAUGCCCUGAGGAAUUCUUUAGCUUUAGGUGAAUAAAACUAGCAUCUUUGCUGCUUUUCCCCUACUAGUUAAUCGACCAAGGGCACAAGGAUUGUGUUCCCCAAAUCUCGCCCUUGGUUCCUGCAACCAUACGAUCUCGCGAUUCAGAAAAUGGCCGAGGUGAAGCCUGAGGAUAUGGUCCAUCACCCACCCAUGGACCAGCUCCAGGGUUUUGAGUACUGCAUCGACUCUAAUCCUUCCUGGGGAGAAGCGAUUGCUUUGGGGUUUCAGCAUUACAUACUGUCCCUGGGCACAGCUGUGAUGAUCCCCACAAUGUUGGUUCCUCUUAUGGGUGGAAAUGAUCAUGACAAGGCCAGGGUUGUCCAAACACUGCUCUUUGUUACUGGGAUAAAGACAUUGCUCCAGACACUAUUUGGUACUCGCCUUCCAACCAUCAUGGGUGGCUCCUAUGCAUAUAUCAUCCCAAUCCUCUCCAUAAUUCGCGACCCCUCACUCGCACAAAUAGCCGAUGGUCAUACUAGAUUCCUGCAGGCAAUGAGAUCCAUACAGGGGGCAUUGAUAGUAUCUUCAAGCAUUCAAAUAAUUCUUGGAUAUAGCCAGUUGUGGGCAAUAUGUUCAAGGUUCUUUAGCCCACUUGCUAUGGUUCCUGUUGUUGCAUUGGUGGGGUUUGGCCUUUUCGAGAGAGGAUUCCCAGUGAAUCCUCAGCUAAUUCAAGUACAACAUUUGUCAGGCUGGGAGAUGUGUGGAGAUUGGUCUUCCAAUGCUUAUCCUAUUUGUCGCUCUUUCACAAUAUCUCAAGCAUGUGCAUGUCCGGCAUGCUCCCAUUUUGGAGAGGUUCUCACUGCUGAUAUGCAUCGCUCUUGUCUGGGUAUAUGCCCACAUCCUCACAGCAAGUGGUGCAUACAAGCAUACGGCACUUGUCACCCAGAUCAAUUGCCGGACAGACCGUGCCAACCUCAUCUCUUCCUCGCUAUGGAUAAGCAUCCCAUACCCAUUACAAUGGGGCGCACCAACAUUCAGUGCAGACCAUGCAUUCGGUAUGAUGGCUGCUGUGCUGGUCUCUUUAAUAGAGACAACAGGUGCAUUCAAGGCUACUGCUCGGUUGGCAAGUGCAACGCCCCCACCAGCAUAUGUCCUGAGCAGAGGCAUUGGAUGGCAGGGUAUUGGCACCCUACUAGAUGGGCUAUUUGGCACUGGGACUGGUUCUACUGUUUCUGUAAUGUCUGCCUGCAACGCAGUGAGAAUGUUGGUCUUCUUGGAUCAACUAGGGUUGGUAGCAGAAGAGUAAUACAGAUUUCUGCAGGUUUCAUGAUCUUCUUCUCCAUGCUAGGAAAAUUUGGAGCACUUUUUGCCUCCAUUCCUUUCACAAUAUUUGCUGCUGUUUACUGUGUUAUGUUUGGAAUUGUCGCUGCCGUGGGGCUCUCCUUUAUGCAGUUCACCAACAUGAACUCAAUGCGCAACCUCUUCAUUAUCGGUGUCUCACUCUUCCUGGGUUUAUCUAUACCAGAGUACUUCUCUCGGUAUUCCACGAGUUCUCAACAAGGCCCAGCGCACACAAAGGCUGGAUGGUUCAAUGACUACAUCAACACUAUCUUCUCGUCCCCACCCACCGUCGCCCUCUUUGUGGCAGUUCUCCUUGACAACACACUUGAUGUCAGAGAUGCGGCAAGGGACCGUGGAAUGCCAUGGUGGGCGCGUUUCAGGACGUUCCGGGGAGACAGCAGGAACGAAGAGUUCUACACCCUGCCGUUCAACCUCAAUAGAUUCUUUCCCCCAUCUUGAGCCAAACUGCCAAAGUCAAGAUGCUGCAAGCCAAAUGGUCAAAAGUGAUCAGCAAGUGUCUGGUCUGCUUUCGAUAGAGUAGAAGAGCAACAGAAAGUUGAACAAAUGAGUAACUAAUUCUCUGUUAUCUGUCGAUUGUACAUAAAUCGAUUUGUUUCGGUUAAUAAGCAAACCAAAUCGUUGGAGUUUGAUAUAAUGUCAUUUUAGGGAUCUUAUGACCAGAUGGUUCAAGCUUUGUAUGUUAGGAUUAUAUUUGUCUAUGCUGCACAUCACUGCUUUUUUUAAAGGGAAGCUUUACUAACUCU